CAGCAUCCUCAUUUUGCCUGGACGACAUCUCAUCAUCAGGAAGCAGAUUUUUAGACGACAAAGGAUUUCUUUUUUUUCUUCAUUCGGAAGACUGCAUAAGCUAUAAACAGAGCAUUGUUUUUCUACACCUCCAGAGAAGUGACGAAACGAUUUUCGACUUAUACCCGCCAAACACUUUUUGAGAAAUAUACAGACAGUUAUGUCUUCUCCUAAUACCGCAAUUGCCACAGUAUCAAGACCGGAGAGCCAAGACACGAUAUCACAUUCAGGGACGCCAUCACAACAGCAAUAUACUACUCAUUCUUCAAACUCGCAAUACUUAUCUGUAGGUUCUCAGGAACCGCGUCUUAAAAAAGAAGAGGACAGUUCAAAUCAUCAAAUGAAUGGAGUACACCUACAUCCUGAGACAGACCAUGACGAAGAUAGUGAAGCUGAGGCAGGGAAUGCACCUCAUGAAGAUGCAGAUGAAGAAGAUGAUGGUGAGGACGAGGAUCCAGAUCAGGAUCGAGAAGAUCAAAAAUCAGACGCCAACGGCAAAAAUAACACUGAUACCAACGACUUGGCGACAACCAGAACAACCGAUGAUGCAGACUUGUCAUUAUCCUCUGAUAAUGAUGAUGAAGAAGAAGAAGCGGCAUCCGUCCACCCAAAUGAUGAAGAAUACAGCAACAUGCCCGAGGAAACAGUCUGUCGAUGGAAGGACUGUGGCAAAGUCUUGCCUUCUUUAUCAGCGCUGGUAAUUCAUCUCUCGGAUGAACACAUUGGAUGGAAGAAAACAUCAUACACAUGUGAAUGGGAAGGAUGCUCGAGGAAGCCGAUUGCACAGACAACGCGGUUUGCAUUAAUCUCACAUAUGAGGAGCCAUACCAAACACAAGCCUUACGAUUGCCCUGUGCCAGAAUGUGAUAAAAGCUUCAGCCGUUCAGAUGCGAUGGCGAAGCAUCUCAAAUGCCAACAUGGUGAUGUUCCUGAGCGGUUUACAGGACGUAAGUCACGAGGGCGCUAUACUAUGAAAGACCCUGCUGCCUCUUCAACAUUACUGCCUUCAUCUUCUUUUGGGGCUAAAAAACGGCGGCACCAUGAAUCUUCUCGCUCAGAUCCGGAAAUGUCAUCGACGCUUUCCACCAGACUUAUGAGUCCUUCAAAACGCAGGAAACUAGGGAGUGAGUUUGAUGGAGACCAUCGACACUACCACCAAAGUUUUGCUGAUGCAUUGAUAUUGAAGCAAUUGGACCAUCCGAAAAGAGGAGGUGAAGGUGGGGGCGGGGGCGAAAGGGGUCGUCAUCUUCAUAGUCGAUAUCUUGGGAAUGACGACCGCACUAGUAGUGCAAACCAAGACGAAGAUGAAGAAGAGGACGAUGAUGCAGAGGAUUCUGAUUUUGCGGUUGAUAACGGCCAGACACCCAAGCAACGAUAUGGGAUAUUAAAGGCUAAAUUUCGCUAUAUCUAUAACGAACGUGAGUCACUUGAAAGUGAGUAUGAGGAUAUGAAGAAGAAGCUGACGAGGCUGCGGGUAGAACGCGAAUUAUUGCUAGACGCAUUGUUAGCAAGUGAUCAACAAUAUCAAGACCCAUCCUUACAGGAAAUCGAAGAUAGCGAUUGAAGCAAUCUUAUUGCUAAUGUUCAUCAUGAGCAAAAUUUGUACAUUAGAAUGAAUAAAUGCAUGAACGGCCUGCAUAC